AUGGAGAAGCUAAUACUCCGCAGCGUCAUGUACGGCGCCGACAAGAUACCCGACAGCUGGUUUGAGAAGAUUCCUGGAGGCUAUUUCAGAGAGAAGGGCGCACAGGGCAACGACAAUACCAAUACCAAAUCUUCCGGGCCCAGGGACAGCGACAGACGCCACACAUCAGACAGCAGGAGAGACAGGGACGAUGGACGUCGCCGUGAGGGUCGAGGCCGCUCUGACGGUCAUCGCCGCCGACAUCGACGCAGCAGAAGCUCAUAUGAUGGCGGCGCUGACAGCGAGGAGGAUGACUACUACCACAGUGAGGAUGGCCGGCGAAGGUCUUACAGAGAGAGAACGCACCGACGACCCCGUAGUGUUGACGACGAUCGGUACGGCUACAACGACGGCUACGACAGGAGGCCGCGCGAGCGAAGGUAUAGAGCCGACAGGCGGCAAUCGCCACCUCGAAGAGAUCGAUAUGAUGAUUGCGAGCGGCCUUCUACUGGCGGCAGCGGUCCACGGCCAAACCCCUACCCACCCAAUGACUUCGCGCCGCCUGCUGGAGCUCAAGGGGCUGGGACAGGACCACCUCCAACCACGGCACAUGUCCCGGGAGGCAACCCGAGCAAACACUCUGCACCUCCACCCUUGAACACGCAACUACCUACACAACCACCCCAACCAUCUCAACCAUGGCAAAGCGCGAUGAAGCCCGGUCCUUACGUUCCAUACUCCCACGUCUACGGCCAGCAAUUAGCACCAACAUCUCCAGCAGCGCCACCGCCCAAAGGCUACGCUCAGAAUCCGUAUGCUCAACGAGCACCGACUGCAGCUGAAGCCGGGGCGGGCAGAGACUACGACCGACAAGGAGGCCUGAUGAACAAACCCUACGAUCCGCGCUCCGCUGCGAGACGCACGGCGCCUUAUGACGGGAACGCAGAGACUAACUCCGAUUCCUCCCCGCCGCCGCACAGUGGGCCAGCCGGUCGUGACUACUCGCCGUCGAAUGACAGUUUCGAUUUCUGGAACGAGGAUUCGCGAGCCAGCCGUGGACGCGGCAGCGAAGAUUCGGAAGAGCAGCAGUGUCGAGCCAGGCAACAGUUCGUUCAGCCGUCACAGCCGCUAAGAGCAUACCCGCCAACCGGAUACUCUCCGCCUCCGCCGUCAUCAAGCAUGCAGAACGACACUUCCGACCGACAGCAGCCUCGCGGUGGUAGAGGGAACAGCUCAAACUCAGAUUAG